AUGGCAAUACACCCUGACUUACCCGAGAUCCCGGUGAGCAUCAAGAGCGCUGGAAAAGUCCUUCCAGAGUAUGAAGAUCACCAUGCGACGCCUGAUCGCGACAACCUCGCACCAAAGCGCAUCAUUCGCUACAUUGAAAUACCAGAAGCCCGAAAUGCAGCACCACCCGCAGCAGAUCCUGGAGCUGAUGCAGAAGAAGUUGCCCUGAAGGAAGAAUGUACCUUCGAAAUUCAUGCAGAUGUCCAUGGCCUGACAGCAGAGUCGUAUGCUGGACACUGCGGCUUGUUCUUCUCCAUCUGGAUAGAUGGAGAGGAGGCAGAUUCUCUGUUUAUCAAUGACCGGGUGAUCAAGAACGAGAGUGAAGAUGGGGAACUCUGCAUGAGUCGAGGCCAAUACACUAGUAAUGGCACAGUCCUUCCCUUCUGCUUCAAGCCCAUCAAGAUGAUCCAUGCUGCUGCUGCUCCUGCUGCUGCUGCUCGUAGGGCACGGUCGGAAGCCGAGAAAGAAAAGCUUGAGCGAUUGGGCACAAUCAGAAUCUCUGUCUGGUACAUGAAUAGCCCGGGGAUUGUGGCGCCUGCAACGAUCAAGUCAGGGGAUAGAACUAUCACCGGACUGGAUGAGAUUGACCUCAAAGGCAGAGCUGUCAGCCACACUGUCGGCUUCGGUGAGGCAAUGCCUCUUGAAUAUGAAAUGAUCUGGGGCAGUUCUUCAAAAGAUCUUGCAGCGGGAGAAGUGGCUGUAUGGGAGUUUCGGUGUCGUUCGAGAGAGGCAUUGAAACAGGAGCGGAUUAUCUUAGAGACACCCAACCCUUCACCCGAGCCAAACGAGGUUGAUGACAAGGAUACUGAUCUCACCGACUUGACUCGGGAGCAGCCGAUGGCGAUGGUAAUGCAGUCGCGAAAGAGGGAUCGUCAGACCAACCAGUUCAAGACGAAGGUCAAGAAUCAGAUUUCCGAAGAGAGCCAAUCUCAGGCUCAAGCUGACCGUGCACCACUGAUCGCCCGGAAGGAUGCCGACACCAUACUUUGCAUCAACGACGAUGGCGAAGGCGUCCAUGAUGAGCCGCAUCCAAAAAGGACCAGAAGGGCUAACGCAGCCCCGGCCGUUAAGAACCUUGAAGACGACGACGAAGAAGAAGAAGAAGAAGAAGGUCAAACACCGGGCAUACCUAGAUCGCUCGCCGACGAAGCAGCGUUCUGGGACCAAUAA